GCUGACCUUUCGACGGUCCAUUGACAAGCUCUCAUUGGUCCAACGGGCAGCUGCACAUCUGAGACACGCAUAGCUACAGCUUUUCCACGUCCCAAGCCGCUACCGCUGACUACUCAGAUACAUCUCUCUGCCCUUCAGGAGAUUCGCUUGCUGUGCAAUAAUCGAGCCAGGGAGUAGUGGAAGCUGCUCUUAAAGCUGCGCUAGCCGCGCUGCUUCCUUCACCAUGUCUAUCAACUGGGUCAUGCUCUCGCCCGAAACGAACCCUCCUUAUACCCCUCUACCGAACGAGCAGAACCUCUUCACAUCCGCCGGCAGGAUAGGCUUCGAGAUCAAGACGCCAGCCCACUACCCAGGCAGACAACAGCCCUUCAAAGUCACACACAACGAAGGCACGCUCUACCUCUCGAAUCAAAGACUCAUAUACCUUCCCAAGAAGCCGACAGACGACUUCAAGAGUUUUGCCUCACAGAUCCUAAGCCUUCACGACAGCCAUGUCUCCCUGCCUAUGUUCUCAGCAAACACUUGGACGGCGCUUUGUCAGCCCGCGCAAGGCGGUGGCAUACCCAUGCCUCCUUCAGGCGUGGUCGAGCUGAAGUUCACGUUCAGAGAUGGAGGAGCGCUUGACUUUCACCAACGGUACGAGCAGAUUCGAGAAAGGAUACAGCAAGUGCUGGAGGUGUCUGGUGAUCGUCAAAGAGCAGGAACUGGAGCAUUGAACACGGUCAACCUUUCAAACGUAAACCUCGAAGAUCUGCCGGCGUAUCGAGAAGAAAGCGACGGGCCGCUGAUAGCUCCGACGGCUACAGCAGCACAGGCACAGGCUCAAGCGCGGAGUCCAGUCCUACAACAGCAGAGGGACAGCGGAGUGAGUCUGGAUGAGAGCCGAAGACAGCCUCCAGCGGUGCCCGAUGAGCCUCCGCCGGGAUAUGAGGAGGCGCAGAUGGCGGGUGUGCAAGACAGGCUCAGCUCGCCGAGGCAGUGAGCAGUAUUCGAUAUGAUUUCAAGACUGUAUUGGUACCAAUCUGAAUGAGCACUUAAGCGACGGAGCCACUAUGAUACCAGGGAUUAGUAGGUAGGGCACAGCGAUAGACAUGGUUCAGGAAAAGAAUGCAAUGAAUUGAGGUCGAGUUGCCUCUUUGGAG